AUGGCGCCCGAAUCUUCAACUCAGACUGAUGAUGCCAUCGCAUCCUCCUCCACUGCGGCUCCAACUCGACCUCCUCCCACGCAGCCACCACCCAACAACGCGCAAACCCAGACGCAGACAGGUUUCCAGCUGUACCCUGGCUCCUACGGUCAGGUCUUCACGCCUUAUCAACAACAACCCGCGAACAAUGGCCAGCAGCAGCCCAUGUUUAUGGGUCAGCAGCAGUGGACGCCUCCUCCGCUGGUGGAGACCAAGUAUUGGAUGGUGUCCAAGAUGGGAUUACACGGCACUUCCAUGGUCUGCUGUGUUGUCGGCAUGGGUCUCGCCUUCUCCCUCAUCGGACAAGAUGAGGAUGACUUUAUGGGUUUGGAUGUCCUAGGCAUCACUUCGGGUCCCAUCCUCGUCUUUGCUCUUGUUUGCGAUAUUGUCGAGGUCCUCACGCGCGCUCUGCGCAAGUUCAAGUCCGGAAUUCACCCUGGUGUCCAGAUCGCCCUCUCGCUCAUCAUCUGGAUCAUGACCUCCAUCGUUGGCGGCAUGCAGGCCACUUACAGCGCCAUAUUCAACGACGACUACAGCGAAUGUUCCCCCAGUUCCACCCGCUAUAGUCGUUACGACGACGAGUACGAGUCUUGCAAGACCCAGUACGGCGGUAUCCGCCCCAAGAUCAUCGCCAUGACCAUCUUCACCUGCCUAGUCUUCAUGGCCCACUUCAUCCUGUUCGUCUUUGCCUGUAUCGACAUGUCCAGACGCAACCGCAACAACCGCGCCCCAGUCAUGGUUUUCGCCGCUCCGCCUUACUGGGGACCCGCGGCCCAGGGCUUCCAGCAGAUGCCGCAGAAUGGUGGGCCGCCUGCUCAGAACCAGGGACAGCCCAUUCCCAUGCAGAACUGGGCGGUGCCUCAGAUGAAUGAGAAGGGCAUCGCCCCGAUGGCACCGGCUCAGGCUCCGACGGACCGUUAUGCUUAG